AUGAGUGUACUCGUCAUGUUUGGAAGACCUUGUCUGUAUUGUGCAUAAUUAAGGCUCAAUUCAACAAUUUUAUUUUAGAUUUUGACAAUUAUGUCGUUUUUAGAAGACGAAACUUCAGAGGGCGAAACAGGUGCUUGUUCACGACUGGAAAGCUACGUUUUUAGCUGUGAGUUGUCCUCCGAAGUGCCCUUCUUUACCUUUCAAGGGGAUGAAGAAGAGGAUUUGGAGCAUUUUCUUGAACUCCGAACAAUCUGCCUCGGCAAUGGAGCUAAGGAGGAGAACAAUGUGGUGGAGGUGACCGCUAUGAACCACCAAGGAAAGAAAAUAUCCGUGCCUGUAGCGAAUCUUCACAUAUCCUGUCUUCCUAUGGUAAGCCUGGGGGAAUUUGAGUUGAUGGCACCUGUGACACUUCGCCUGAAAUCUGGAAGUGGACCAGUGACUGUUAGCGGAUUGCAUUUAGUUGCUUCAGAAAAUGAUGAGUCUGAAAUGUCUGAUGAAGAAGACUCAGAGGAGGAAAUGCCCUCAAUUAAGCCAGCCAAAAAGAAGCAAAAACUGUAAUCAACCUUUUGUGAAGAUUUCAAUGGGUUUUAUAGAACUGAACUGAAAUUUGAAUCUUGGAUAUUUUUGACAACUUUGACAAGUACUGGGUGGAGGGUCAUGACUCAUGUCAAGCUCCAGGUACUUUUGACUUUUGUGGUUUCUCGUGGGGGGGAAAGUAUUUUUUAACAGUUAAGUAAAUUCCAAAAUGUUAAAUAACCAGUUGUACAUCCUUUGUUUUUGUUUUUAAAUCAAAAAGUGAAAAUUAUUGUAAACCUUCAGUAUACAAAAGGCAUUUCUUGGUUGUCCUUUGUGGAAAGUUGCUUUGGAUAAAAGUGUCACUCCAGUAUGUUGCAUUUUGAUGAAUGGAUUUCUUUACUUCACUGUGUAGUUGGAAUGUGUUGUUUAAAUAAAUUAAUAAAAACAUU